UUUGCGCAUUUUUUGAAGUGAGACUAUAAAUUUGGGAGAGGAAUACUCCGUAUUUCAUAAAUAUUGAGCCAAACCAAGUACCAACCCUUGGAGCAUUCUAGAAACAGCUGGAAAGGAACGGGUCCAACGGAGAACUUGCAACCAGUUCUUCCAGAAUGUUCCCAUUAUUCCGGUUCUUCUAGAGUGUUCUCUUCAUUCCGAUCUACAAAUUCAUCUACCAAACCUUCACAGUUUUGCAGGAAUCAGGAAUGGAUCCCAGGCUCUUCGGAAUUGAUCAUCCGAUCUUCAACACCCUCCACCAGAUAAUCGACUAUGCCGCCGCUGCCGCCGCCGAUGACAAGUCCUCCAGCGGCGGCGACGCCCCUUCUCAGACAUUCGUUCACGAUGCGAAGGCUAUGGCGGCUACACCGGCGGACGUGAAGGAGUACCCGAACUCGUACGUCUUCGUCAUCGACAUGCCGGGGUUGAAUUCCGGCGACAUCAAGGUGCAGAUCGAGGACGACAACGUCCUGACUAUCAGCGGGGAGCGGAAGCGCGAGGCGGAGGAGAAGGAGGGCGUGAAGUAUGUGAGAAUGGAGAGGAGGGUCGGGAAGUUCAUGAGGAAGUUCGUUUUGCGGGAAAAUGCGAAUCCUGAGAAGAUUUCGGCGUCUUGCCGGGACGGAGUGCUGACUGUGACGGUGGAGAAGCUGCCGCCUCCGGAGGCGAAGAAGCCCAGGACAAUUGAGGUCAAAAUUGCUUGAAAUCAACGAAAAUUCGGAUCUGGCUAAGCUGAAAUAGAGUAUAUGAGUGCGCUAUUUCUGUUCCUUAUUGAUUGUGCGUUUAAUUUUGUGUUAUGCAAUGGAAUUUUCAGUUACUCUUCAUCUCGAAAUAAUGAUUUUGUUUCUGG